AUGGCGCGCAAUGCAGAAAAGGCGCAGUCCAUGCUGUACCGCUUCCGGGAGUCUCAGGCCGCCGACCUGGGCAUCCUGGAUGCGGGGCGCACGCGGCGGCCCAAGGUGAUCUCGGAGCAGACGUCGGUGUCGGGCUGCGAGCGCUGGCGUGGCCAGGUGCUCAAGGAGAUCUCGCGCAAGGUGUCGCGGAUCCAGGAGUCGACCCUGAGCGACUUCCAGAUCCGCGACCUCAACGACGAGAUUAACAAGCUGCUGCGCGAGAAACACAUGUGGGAGGUGCAGAUCCGCAAUCUCGGCGGGCCCAACUACGCCCGCCAGGGCACCAAGGAGUACGACGAAGAUGGCCGCGAGAUCCCGGGCGGCGGAAAGGGCUACCGCUACUUUGGCCGCGCCCGCGAGCUGCCGGGUGUGCGCGAGCUGUUCGAGGCCGCCCGUGCCCGCUCCAAAAAAGACGGCAGCACCGGCGACGACGGCAAGCCGCUCGAAGAUCGCGACGACCUGCGCAAAGAUGUCGACGCUGCGUACUACGGCUACGGCCCGGACGAGGAGGACGCCGUCCUGCUCGCGUAUGAGGCCGGCCGCGAGGCUGAAGCACAGGAGCGUCUGGCUGCAGCUGCCGGCUUGGCCGCUCCAGACGACGGCGGAGAAAAGUCUGGAGAUGGACGGCCACCACCCGACUGGGAGGCGCUGCCGGGUGACACGGGCGACGGCAAGGUCUGGCUCCUGCCGACGGCCGAGGAGGUCCAACAAGAACUGCUCGAGCGCCGGAAACAGCGCAUUCUGCAGCAGCUAUGA